AAGUCAGUUUAUUGAGUGGAAGUAAUCAACCCGAUCCCCAUCAAUUAUUACAUGACGGAGUAGGAGACAGGUCUGUAUCAAGCAUAAACAAUAUACAUUCAAAAAAAAACAACAACAGAAAGCUAAACAAUGUCUGUCUUAUAAUAUCAAAGGUGAUUACCAAAAAAAUAUAUAUAAAAUCGUGAAAAUUGAAACCACUAAACAAACGGAGGAUUUCCGACACAAAAACCAGGGAAAAUUCCCACAACGCGGAAACUAAACUGAAUCAAGGAACUUUCUACAAAAGAGUUGCCCUAACCACGAUGUAUUUAUAGCUUGUUUUGACCAUGAAUUGGAUCAAACAGCCACUAAGUUUUGAAAUGAAACAAGAGGAAACAUAGAAGCCCCACCGAUAGGUCCUCCAUGCCUAUUGGGUGAUUGCACAUCUAAAAAUAACCGCCUAGAAUUUGCAUGCAUCAGUAAAAACACGCUUGGAACAGGUGAACCGAUCCAAAAGAAGGAGAAUACACCAGCAAAACUCCUUAUUUGUGACGACUGUUACCAAAACCAUCGAGAUUGCUGCCUGGUUAUUGAGCGCACGACGAAAGGAUAACGGUUAUCUCCGCGCGAGUGCAGACCACUCGAUUUCGAUGGCAUCAAAAAUAAUCUCCAAACCGUGGAAACUAGUAUUAUAGUAUCAAACAACAUUUUAUAAUCACACCGUUUGUGUUCCAAUCAACGCAACUAUGGGUUCAGGAUGUUCCAAAGAGUCCAAGAAACCAGCAAAAGCCAAGAAGAAAAAGGACAAAACGUUCUUGACUAAGUCAAUGGAUGAUCACAAUGGUGGUAUCAACGCGAUGUGUUUAAGCCAAGGUGGAAGUAUGGUUGUUACAGUAUCUGAGGAUAAAACAGCUCGUCUAUGGGACACUAAGGCGGAAGAGUGUAUUGGUACAUUAGAAGGCCAUACAGGUUACAUUACGUACGUUUGCGCUAGCGAGAAAUUCGCAUAUACGUGUUCAUCAGACAAAACCAUUCGCAAAUGGAAUAUAGAGACUGCAAAGUGCUGUAAAAUAUUUGAAGGGCAUUCAUCUAAUGUCCAUCGAGCAAUACUAAGCGGCAAAUUGCUAUUUUCAAGCUCCUACGACAAAACUGUUCGGUGCUGGAAUUCCGAAACGGGGGAAAGACUCAAAGUGUUUCGUGGUCACAAACGCGCCGUUCACCCAAUACUUCUUGUACCAUCAGAAACCAGCCGAGGAACACAAAACAUCGACAUGGAAAACAGCGACGAUCUACUCAUUUCAGGAUCUUCAGACAACACUGCCAAGGCAUGGGAAUUGAACUCCAAUGAUAGUCUUAUUACAUUUCGAGGCCACGAAGGCCCGGUCUUGUGUGUCGCCUGUGAUAACAAGGGUAAAACGUUGUUUACAGGCUCAUCAGAUUGUACUGUUCGUUCGUGGGAUCUGAUGACCGGAGCACCGGUAAAAGUUUUUAAAGGACACGAUGGUUCCGUUCUCUGCAUCCAGGUUGUCAAUAAGUUAAUGUACACCAGUAGUGGUGACAACACUGCAAAAUGUUGGGUUGUUGAGUUUGGAGAUUGUACAAGAACAUACAAAGGUCACAAGCAUGUUGUUGGGACAAUGAUUGUCAAAGAUGGCAUAAUUUACACUGGUGAUGGUAAUGGGUUAAUCAAGGCAUUUGAUGCUAAAUCUGGAGUAUGCAAGAGAAAUUUCAAAUUGCAUACCUGUUCAAUAACUGCUUUAUUGGAGCAUAAAAAGAAGCUCUACUCUGCUUCCUAUGAUGGAAGUAUGAAAAUAUGGGAUGCAGCAAAUAUGAGAGAAAAUGAAGACGAUAUUUACAGUCAAGAGAAUGGUAUCAAAUAACAAGAAUUACUACCCAAGGAAACCCACCUGUCUAUUGACAGACACCAAUCAAGUAUUUAUAUACAUUUUACUAAUGUAAAAACCACAACUGACACAUUUCAUUUAUCAUCGUCAAUUAUAAUUAAUAUUCAAAUUGAACAAGGCAUCUUUUUUUUAAGUUUAUGUAUACUUAAACUCUUCUUCGAUAAYAUCACAAGAAAUCAUAUAAGGAGUACAUUGAAGAGAAAUGAUUUCUAGUUACUAGAUAGAUUCAAGAGGUACAUCACUCAAUCGGUAUCAAUAUUAAAGAGUGCUAAUUCAAAGGAAUUUCUGGAAAUAUUUCCAAAUGCUAAAUAUUUUAGUGAUAGCUUUCAAGCCCAGAUAUUUCAAUUUUAAUCACAUCAAUUCUGAAUUUGGAUGGGUCACUUUUGACUUGUCAUGUCGAAGAGUAAACAUUAUAACAGCACUUAAAACAAUUAAUUUUGAAAAACAAUCUCAAAGUAAAUGUGUUGUGAGGAUUUUCUCUUUCAUUUUGAAUCCUUCUGGACAAGCAUUGUUUCAGAGAAUUUCAAAAGUGCUGUGGUUGAUGCAAGAAAGAUUUAUUUGAAUGGAUUUAAGUUCGCUAAGUGUCAGUAUCUCAAUUAUGGAGAUAUAUAAUGAAAAAUGGAUCAGUUUUUGUAAAUAUUUUUAUAACAAAGGAUAGAUGUAGGCCAUUUGGAUGGUAAUUUAACGGCAGCGACCAGAAUACUCUGCAUACAUAUGUUCAUUUUUAUUAAAAUUUUUAGUCAAACAAUUGACUUAGUUAYGGCUUAGAAAAUGAACAAAACAUUGCAAAUGAAGGAUAUAUUGAUACUUGUGAGGAAAAUCAUAAUAGGCAAACACUGUUAUAGUACAAAAUAGCAGCAGAAUUAUUAUGACUUUCAAACCUUUGCACAUUUUUUUUUCAUUUCAUGUUAAUCAUAAAUAAUUGAAUAUAACCAUAAUUACACAUUUUUUAAUAAAUAUAGUCUUUCCUGACCAUCUUGUUAGACUGAUUCCAUAAGUCGUAGUUUUCGCUCCUCGAUUUUUCGGUUUGYCGCUAAAAAAAAGAGCGACCUGACAGACUGGUGGAAUCAGUCUAACCACCCUGUAUGCUUCCACAUUAUCAUUUCAGCAAAGCAAUAUUUCACUAGUUGUAUUUUAUUGCAAUAUAGACUUAAUCAGCACUCAAAUCAUUAUUCUUUAGCUGUACAUUUAAGUACUGACACAAACACAUCCACAGUUAAAUAAAUGAAGUGUUUCACUUAAAGAUAUUAUACCUAGAGGUCUACAAAGUAAUAUAAUAGACAAACCAUUUUUUUUUAUCUCACACUACAAAGACAAAUUAAUCUGGUUUUUAGUUUCAUAAUCAUGGAAAAAUUUAAUUUAAAUGAAAUAGUUUAUACACUGAUAUGGGUAGUGAACCAUGUUCAUCAAAUUUAACAUCUUAGUUGUCUUGGGUAGCAGAUGUAUGAUAAUUACGAUUAUUUAUAGAGCUAGAAAUUUCAUUGGCUCAUUGAUAUAUAUUAAUUAAGUUAACAUUUCCCAAAGGUUGUCAAGAGGUUAUGAUGUUAUGACAAUAUUCAAUUGAAUGAAGAAAAAACAAAGUACUUGAAACACAAACAGAUGUAUAGCUAUCAAUAUUCAUCUAGCACAUUAUGUACGGUUUUGUCUCGAUUCAAAGAGCGUGAAUUUAGCUAUUGCCAAAAAGGAAAAACAUUUGAAAACCAUUAAGUUUACUACACAGGUUUACACAUUAAAUAUGUGUUCAAAAGUCUUAAAUGGUACAGGCUCUAUGUGCUACAUGUAUCAUUUAAGUUUUCUGUAGCAGACUAGAUCCUUAUCAAAAAGCUUUGUUUGCCAUUUAYAGUGUGUGUUUAAAUCCUUACAAAAAAUAAAACACAAGGCUAUCUAAAUGAUAUGCAUGAAUUCACAUUAUGAUUGUAAACUUAUCAGCACUUAUAGGCUUCAUGGUCACUUGUGUUUAUAUUCUACAUUCAACCUUGUUAUACAAUCACAUUUAAUGUUUGUCACUUCUUUAUCCUUCUCAUUUUCAUCUUUUUUUCAUUUCCUUUUUUGUUGCUCAACAGAAUUUUUUCAAUGUUUUGAAAUGCCAUUAGAAAAAAAUAAUUCAAAAACCAGCCUUUCAUUUUCUUUAACUAUUAAUUUUUAUCAAGGCUAAGAUGUUUUGCAAACAUUUUGUCAUUAAACUUCAWGUGACCAGAAACWUUUAWUACAAACACGUCUAAAAUGACAUCUAUAAUUGCUGAAAAUAAUUUCCAAUGACARAACUUGAUAUUCUAUCUGUAAUUUAUUGAUAUUUAUGGCAAAUACAGACGUUAAUUGAAGCCAUAGUAAUUGCACUAAAGCCCUUAUGUAAUCCACAAAACUACACAAUGAAGCUUGGUUUUUUAAUUGAAUAGACAAUUCACCUAAUUGUCCCAAAACUCUGAACCUCUGUUUUAAAGCAUUCUACAGUGAAACAUAUUAAUGUUUCCAAUUUCUUUUAGAAGAAAUAUGUCAUCCCUAUACAAAUAUUGAAACAAAGUAUACCUUACCCUGGUUCCAGAGGUUUCUCUGCUCGAUGUUGCCGCUUCGCAGCGAAGAACAGAGAUAUUUUACACACGGAGAAUUAUACAGAGAAACCUCUGGAACAAAGGUAAGUAUACCUGGAUAUUAAAUUGAAAAGCAUYCUUCAUUUGAUUGCAGAACACAAAUAAUAAGGAUUAAAAGCAUUUCAUGGGCAAUAUUUUGAUGUAAAAGUUUUAAAAACAAUUAAAGUUCACAAAAAAAUAUAAACAUCAUUAAGAUAUUCAGUACUGCAUGGUCAAACAUUCAAAUUAAUACAUUUGCCAUUAACAUAGGACCCWCCGUUUCAUUUUGAUCUAAAAAUAUUUCUUUAUAUACAUGGAAUGAUAUUGUAAUACUAGGUAGAAAGGAUGCAUGGAUUGAAGUAGAUUUACACAAAUGUUGUGAAUAUUUCUCACAAAAAAAAAUCAAAUUGAAGCUAUUUUUGAGAAUAUACAUGAUGGUUUCCUGCAGUCAUAGUUGUGAUUACCAAAACACCAAACAAAGCACUGAAACCAUUAUAUAAUUCUCUGAAAUAAGUUUUAAAUAAAAUUUCAAAUAAAAUUCAUGAAUUGUCUGUUGGGUAUGCAAUAAAGUUUACUAGCACAUAAUAUGGUGUUUUGAAUU